UCAAGCGUCGACUGCUCAGGUUACUGUACUGUACUGUACAUGUCGAUUGUGUUGCGUGAGCCGGUACUUGUCAAUUUGCAGCUUGCCGAACUUGGCAUUUCAGGGACCAUGUUUUAUUUCCAGGCUUAGUCUAGUGAGGUCCACUGAGUUUAGAUUGACUCUGGAUUCGUGGCUAGCAUCCCGCAAAGAUCGACUGCAAGUCGGCGCAGAAAGUGUGAGUAUACUUUCUUGUGCGUUGCCUGCAUUUCCGCAGAAUUAGGUGUGAACGUAUUACAUGUGGUCGCGCGCGCUCUGUGUUUCAUGGCACGCAGCUAUGAGCUGUUCACGUCUGGAGGACGGCUAACAGGAGACGACCUUUAGGGCAAAGGUAGAGCCUGAGUUCUUUUGGACGAUUCGUGGGGCCCACAGGAAUAGGAGUUUUGCGAGCCAACACCAUGGAGAAGCUUUACAUUUGCGAUAUCUGUAGCAAGGCCUUCCCAAGGAUGUCGUCUGCCCGGCGUCACAGGAAGACGCACACCUCUGAAGAGUUGCACGUGAGCGACCCCAGCAACCAAUCAGUUGAUCUCUUUCGACACAAGAGGACGCUCACGCCCGAGAAGCAGCUUCGCUGUGACCACUGCGAUAAAACCUUCCUCAACAAGAGCGGCCUGGGGUCGCACAUGAAAGUGCACAGCAAAGACAGGACUUUCCCUUGCGACGUAUGCGGCCAAGCUUUUGCCCUGGAGGAGUGCCUCGUCCGUCACAAACGGACACACUCCAACGACAAGCCGUACGUCUGCGACAUUUGUUCGAAGGCGUUCACGAUCUGUAGCAAUCUCAAGCGGCACCUGGUUUCCCACACCAAUGUCAGACCGUUCCUCUGUGACACAUGUGACCUGCCUUUUGCGAAUAGGGACACCCUCACCCAACACCAGAAGACGCACUCCGGUUACAAGCCGUUUGCUUGCGACCUUUGCCCCAAACGAUUUUUAGUCAAAUUCGGUCUUGCUUGCCACAUGCAAACCCACACGAAAGAACGACCAUUCGUGUGCAUUGUCUGCGAAAAGUCCUUCGCACAUUUCAGCAAUCUGUCGCGUCACAAGAAAUUACAUCGCAACAAGAAACAGCACGUUUGCGUGAUUUGCCACAAGACGUUUGCGCGUCGCAGCGGCCUAAAAUAUCACCUCCUUCUCCAUGCUGACAAUAAACCUUUUAAGUGUGACGACUGCGAUAAAAGCUUUGUUAAAAAGAGUGGCCUCACGAGUCACAGGCGAACCCACUUAAAGGAGAAUCCAUUUGUGUGUGACGUCUGUAACAGAGGGUUUUCGAGGGAGGACACCUUGGCCAAUCAUAAGGAGACUACCCACGCCAGCGAGACGUCGUUUAAGUGCAACAUUUGCUCACGGAAAUUCCAAACCGAUCUCGAGCUGCAAGAGCAUCUCCAAACCCAUUCUGGCAACAAACCGUUUGCGUGUGACGAGUGCGGCCGAGAAUUUGUACGACCUCAGAACUUAGCCGCACACAGAAAGACCCACGAAGAAGGGAAACCGCAUACUUGCGAUCUUUGCUCCAAAGCCUUCAAGACCAAGCAUACACUUCGACGCCACAGGAGGAACCACUUCGGCGAAAAACCGCACGUUUGCGAGUUUUGUAACAGGGGUUUCGCUCGCCGGUCCACCCUGGUUUGCCAUCGCAGGUGUCACACCAAAGAAAAGCCUUACUCGUGUCCGACGUGUCCCAAAACCUUUUCCUCCGGGACGGGUCUCCGCGCUCAUAAGAGAUCACACAGUGACGAGAGACCGUACGUUUGUGACAUUUGCUCCAUGACUUUCAAGUACAACAAUACUUUCACUCGUCACAAAAGGAUCCACACCAACAUAAGGCCCUUCGUAUGCAAGAUUUGCAACAAGUCUUUCCUUCGGUCAUGUAGUCUGAAAGAGCAUGUCGCAACGCACGCUGUCAAGAAGCCGUUCCCGUGUGAAUCAUGCGACUGGGCUUUCGCAACUAAGAAAGACCUCAAACGGCACAUCCGAUCGCAUACCAAGGAGAAGCCGUUCAGCUGUCCCAUUUGUUCGAUGUCGUUUGGUUCCAGCGCAUGUAGGAUCCGACACACGAAAACGCACAGCAACGAAAAACAGUUCGUCUGCAACAUCUGCGAGAGAGCAUUUACCCGCAAUGUCACACUGAGGUUGCACCAAAAGACUCACACCAGUGACAAGCCGUUCGUCUGCGAGACCUGUGGUAGAGCUUUCACCACCAGUUUUGAGAUGGCGCAGCACUGGGUGACGCACCCAGAGAAGAAGGCGUUCGUGUGCGACGUCUGUGGAAAGCGCUACGCCGUCAAAAAGACCCUGGUAAAGCACCAACGGACGCACACAGACGAGCCCAAGCCGCACGUCUGCGAGUUUUGCGGUCACGCUUUCUGGACGAAGGCCCAUCUCAGAAACCACCGGCGGGUCCACACGAAAGAGCGACCGUUCAAAUGUGACAUCUGCGAGAGAUCGUUUGCACUUAGCGGCACCCUGACGGAUCACAUGAGGACGCAUACGGAUGAGAGACCGUAUCUGUGCGACAUUUGUGGCAAAGCUUUCAGACAAAAAAGGGCUCGACAUUUCCACAGGAAAAACGUGCAUAAAGAAGAUCCUACUCCUACAGUCACAUAAAACUUUGACUGAUUUACAAACUUCGCACACGGGAAAAUUUGCAUUUCCAAAUCUUUGUUUAGAUUUGAUACUUUGCUUAAUUUUUAAUAGAUAGUUUUGUUGUACCCUAAAUUCUUACAUUUACUGGUGUGCUCCCAUAAGAUCAGUCAUUACAGAAUUGGAUGACCAGCAAAUUGGAAAUUGUUUCUUUAACAUCUUUCUUCCCCCCCUUUUACGGGGCGGAUCAGAACCACUUUGGCAAGUUCAGAAUUUGAAACUUUUGUUAGUUUUUCCUCUUCCUUUGACAUUUCGUCAAAGACUCAGAAGUUUCGACGCAACUGCCACCUUCAUUUGCAACCGAAUGUGAGGACCCGAAGUAAUGCUGCCGCACGCCGGUACAAUUGUACCGGAGAUAUAGCCUUGGUCAAGGUGUUUGCAACAGUGUGUAAUCAUGCUGUCUGUAACAUGGCAGCCCGCCACCAGUCGUCCCUGUCGUAAGACACUGUACUUGUUUAUCGAGACUUAUGUAGAGGGAUGGUGUGCGGAGAGUUUUACGUUUAAUAGCUCACGCUCGAUAUUUUUAUAGCCUCCAAAAGACUAGUUUGCUACAGAGAUGAUCGACUUUAAGAGCCGCAUUUUAUUUAAUGAUUCGCUUUUCCUAUCGACGAAUCUGAUGGUCAUGCACUUUCUGUUCACAUUGGUGCAAAAAUCUUCCCAGAGGCUUUGCGUAGUAGCCAUUUUGCUGGGCGGUUCUUUUUCCACAGGAAAAGCUCCUUCGCACAUACCCUGUGGAGCAAAAGCGCUGCCCUGCAAUAUGGCAGCCAUGCCAACCCUCUAUCCACGCACUGCUGUGGUGCGCCUUUAUGGAUAGAAAUGCCUUGCUUGCCGAAAAUGAACAUCAAACGUUCUGUGGGCUCAAGAACGUUACAUAGGUCAGAUUGUGUUCAACUUUACGUAGUUGGACCGUCGAACUAUUGCAACCGCUCACUAGUGGCUGUAAUCACUUUUAGGUUUCAAAAAAUCCAAAAAUUUUGUGUAAUCGUUACCCAUCCCGAGAGACACUGGGUGUAGGAUAUGUACAGGAGCUUCGUGCGUGACAACGUGGGCUUUUGGUGACCCGUUGCUAUCCAUGUAAACAGUAGCGUCAGGCACCUUGACCAUCGAACGUGUUGUACUGCAAGCUAAGCAGUAUGACAUAAGCCUCGUAAUUGUAUUCUUGAAAUUUAAUGGGAUUGGGGAACCAGCGAGUACCCUGAAAUGCAACAGUAUGUAGGAGGUCAUAUGAAGACUAGAAAUCGAAUGCUUUAUGUCCUGACAAUGUAAAUUGUUUUAUAUGAUGAACUUGCUUGUACACGUAUACUGCAGAAUAACGAGCUUACAGAUUGUAUAAUGGUUUUCUCAGGACCUCGAUACAGCUUACAAAAUUGGCGUUUUAUCUUGGAGUUUUGGAAGAAGUGAGACUUUAUAUUUGAUGCUAAGCUUUAAAAACACGACGAAAUUUAUAUCGUGGUUCGAGCGUUUGAAAGCAUCGCUGCUGAUACCACUUGUUUGGGGUCACAACCAGGGUAAUCGAAUUUUUGUACCUUUUUUCUGGCAAAAUGUGCUCGUGGUAUACUGCCGUCUUCUUGCCUCAGAUCUUUUGAUUUUUUUUUGCCUUGGACUUGCUUCACUAAAAUCUUUUGGAAUCACGAAUGACAAUAUUGUAACUAAGGAGAAGCUGUGAAGAACUGGUGAAAAUGUGUAGAAAAUUGAAAAGGCAGUGCUUUGGGAACUGUUUUAGUGAGCACUGUCUUUUUAAUUUCUGUAAUGUUUUACGUAAUUUUGUGUUGUUUUAUCUCGGUUGUUUAAUGAAUUGAAACUUUGAAUAUCAAGAUGAUAAUGCUGAAUUUUGGCGAACUGUAUUAUAUUGAACCUGAAACAGCAAUAUUAACAUUAACUUGAAUGUGACCCAUGUGGUGGAGUGCACCAGUAUUUUUGUUGGUGGAGGAGAGGUGCCAUCAUCCUAUGCAGAUUGACAGUUCGAAUUGUUACUGAAGCAAGAUUAAUUUUGCCAUCUGUUUGUGUCUCAGUACCUGCCAACUACCUCGGAAGCAAAGCUUUUAUGUCAGUCACUGUUGCGAGUCUUAACUCUUGCAGAGGGCAUUUGAUGUCACACGGAUGUUUAUAUUUUGUCUUGUGUGUAUAGUUAGACGUAGCUGAUGAUGACAUGAUAGCAUUUUAAAAGUCAAAACUUACUGUUUGAACUUAUGUACUUUUCUUUUACUCUACAGCAUGCUGCAAAACUGUGCAAUUGAUCAUGUUGCUCAGUUAAUGGGAGAGUCAGUUUUUAUUUGUGGGUGUUCGUUUGUGGUCGGUUUGCAAAGCAUUAACAAAGGAAUAAAAAAAUAAUCGGUUGUGCAAGAAACGAGUUUAUCUCUGAACAAAAUUAUGGAGCCACUUCUGGCGCUUUGGAUACACUCGACGUGAUCUCCACAAUGCAGCUAUUAUGGUUCUUUUGGCUGCACAGUGCCUCUGGCAUCCAUGAUAUUGGUCAGGUAAACAGGACUUCUUAUGUGAUGCGAGAGAGGGCGCCUUCGCGUCCGCGCUCUUGGGAUGGGAUCACCAUGGUUACCGCACUGCCUGCUUCAUAAUUAUAAAGCUAGAUGUAAUUUUCUAAGAUUUUCCCCAUGGCCAUACAAUGAGAGAUUCGGAUAGCCCGAAUUCGUACAUUUUUCUAGCGUUUUUGUCAAUAGUGG